CUAUGGACACUUUCUUGGCUGUCUAGCUAUGGAAUGUCAGGCCGGCUGCCAAGAGUGGAGGCAGUGAGACCAGCUUGAGGACCUGUUUUGUGCUGUGUGCUUAAAGCGUAAGACAGUGGAACUCGCUGGCGAAAGGAGCCGUCGUCGAGACCGGGUGCCAGAAGCUGCUGAAGUUUUGUUUUGUAAUGGAAGAAAAUGGAGUUGAUCAUGAAGCCAGCAUGGAGAGAGCUAGUGACUUAUUGGUCAAGUCUAAAAAUACUGAAGAGGUGGAAACUGAGAACCAAGUAUUCCAGCAUCUAGCAUACAUGGAAACUGGGGACCCAUCCUUUGGGCCAGAUGUUCCUCAAGCAGUCCUGCCUAUCACGGUGCCCAUUUUGGAAGAUGUUUCUCAGUCACUGAAUGCACAAAUGCAGCUGUCCCAGACACUCCCUCUUCCAGCAGAAGGGUUUCAACUUGUACGCCAGAGUGGCCAUCCCCUUAUGAACUACAAGCCUCAGAGGGGUCCAGCACUCACAUGAUGAUAGUUGCCAGCCAGUCUGAAAAUGGGCAAGUGUUGCAUGUUAUUCCUUCUAAGCCAGGAAUAGCACAAGUGAUUAUUCCCCAAGGUCAACUCCUGGAUGUCACCAGUUCUCAGGAUGCUUCAGAAGAUAGAAAUGGUGGGAGUUUGCGAACUGUUGCAGUGGCUGCUGUUGCAGACGGUACAAGCAGAUACAUCCUUCAUCCUCCAGCAUCUCUCGCGGUGUCCAAAACAACAGCCACCAGGUUAUGGAAGACACUUUUCCAGUUUCCCCUCAACCAUUGUCCUCAAACCACACCUACCUGGGCUCGCCGUCUCAGGAACUGUGAGAAAAUUGGGGAUUCAUACCGUGGCUAUUGUUCAAGUGAAACAGAACUAGAGAAUAUUCUAACAGUGCACAAGCAGCAAACGCACAGCGUGUGGGGAACACGCCAGUCUCCAAGCCCAGCUAAACCUGCCACGAGGCUGAUGUGGAAAUCACAAUAUGUUCCGUUUGAUGGGAUCCCUUUUGUCAAUGCUGGAAGCAGAGCCAUAGUGAUGGAGUGCCAAUAUGGGCCCCGAAGGAAGGGUUUUCAGCCCAGAAAAGCUGGUGAACAGGAGGACAUUUCAUGCCAAGUGUACAAAGCCACCUGUCCUGCAAGGAUCUAUAUUAAGAAGGUCCAAAAGUUCCCUGAGUAUAGAGUUCCGACCGACCCCAAAAUUGAUAAGAAAUUUUUACGUGUGGAACAGGAGAAAGCUUUCAACGUGCUGAAGAAAAACCUGAUUGAUGCUGGCGGGGUUCUCAGGUGGUAUGUGCAGUUACCCACUCAGCAGGCUCAUCAGUAUCAUGAGCUAGAGAUGUGCCUCCCGCGAUCGCCAUUCUCCAUCCCGUCUCCAGAGGGUGAGGACGAUCCAGGCAAAGACGAAAGCUGCACGCUGCCCUCGCGACUUCACCCGCAAGUCGCAGAUAAGAUCCGAGAGCUAGUGUCUCAAGGAAUAGAACAGGUCUACGCAGUGAGGAAACAGUUACGAAAAUUUGUGGAACGAGAAUUGUUCAGUCCUGAUGAAGUGCCCGAGAAGCACAACUUGUCUUUCUUUCCUACUGUAAAUGAUCUCAAGAACCACAUUCAUGAAGUGCAGAAGUCACUAAGAAAUGGAAAGAUAUUAUACAACUCGGAAACUAUUCCGGCAAUGCUUCAAUGGACAACAGACAGUGGUAAUAUUCUUACUGAAACAGUGACUGUUACACUUGCAUCUUCACCUACUGAGGCAACUCUUGAAAUGGACCAAUUGAACUGAAAAACACAACCUACUCCUGGAACUGGAAGGGAGCUCACCAGAGAAAACCGUAAUCAAAGUGGAAUCAAAUGGAGCAAGGGAACUCUUAACUUCAGAGUCUCUCCAGCCCAUAGUAUUUACCCAGCAAAAGGGUUUACAGCUGCAAUCGUUUGAUGAAGCAGCAGCCCUUCUGAGGGUGGAUAGCCAAACACCCCUCCAGCCCGCAAGCCUUACGCAUUCCACAAGGAGGCAAUUAACCAUCCAGCCUAUAUUCAGUAAGGAUAAUAACCUUCAAGCAAGUUUCAGUCAAGCACAGAACAAUGCUACCACAUCAGCGCUUGGAGAACAACAUGGACCAAAUCAAAGGGUUGUGGCUUUGGGUCAGUUUGUAACUGUUGGAAGCAUGGAGGAUGCCGAAGCUGUUGAAACUAAUCAAAGUCUUUUGGGAGAUGAGCAGACCAUUCCCGCACAGAUGGCAGACAACUGUCCAGCUCUUAGAGAAGGAAGCAGCAGCAGCAGCUGAAGGGGACACUGUUGGCAGAGGUCAGAAACGAAAGAACAGGCACUAUA